AUGUCCUCUGAUUCAUCAGAUCCUUUGUAUUGGCUUCGUGUCAUUCUCGCUUCAAACAGGGGUACUUUGAUGGAACUCGGUAUUACACCCAUUGUAACUUCGGGCAUGAUAAUGCAACUUCUUGCCGGUGCUAACCUCAUUGAGGUUGAUUUCAGCUUGAAAGAGGAUCGUGCUUUAUUUAGCGGCGCUCAAAAGCUUUUCGCUAUGGUAUUUGCUUUUGGCCAAGCCACGGUAUCCGUAAUGACCGGAUUGUACGGUGAUCCUUCUGAAAUCGGUGCUGGAGUCUGUUUGCUACUUAUCAUCCAACUCGUCUUUGCAGGCCUUAUUUCUAUGCUUUUAGACGAACUCUUGCAAAAAGGUUAUGGUCUCGGUUCUGGUAUUUCACUCUUCAUUGCUACCAACAUUUGUGAAUCUAUCGUUUGGAAAGCGUUCAGUCCUACUACUGUCAACACUGGACGAGGUCCUGAAUUUGAAGGAGCUAUCAUUGCUUUGUUCUAUUUGGUUAUUACUCGUAAUGACAAAAUUCGCGCUUUAAAGGAAGCCUUUUAUCGAACAAAUUUGCCAAACGUUAUGAACCUAUUGGCAACAGUGGUUGUUUUUGGCAUCGUCAUUUACCUUCAAGGUUUCCGUGUUGAACUUCCUGUUAAAUCUAAUCGAUUCCGUGCUUAUUUCAUGUCACCACCCCAUAGUAUUAAAGACGCACUUCUGGAUCCUAUUCAUACCGUUGUAUAUGUCGCAUUCAUGUUGACUGCAUGUGCACUCUUUUCAAAAACAUGGAUUGAGGUCUCUGGAUCUUCUCCACGUGAAGUAGCAAAACAACUUAAGGAACAGGGUAUGGUAAUGGCUGGCCAUCGUGAAACCUCAACAUACAAAGAGUUGAAGCGUAUCAUCCCAACAGCCGCAGCUUUUGGCGGAGCUUGUAUUGGUGCAUUGUCGGUUCUUGCUGAUUUGUUAGAACUACCCCAAUCAAAAGAACACCGGAUUGUGUUGGAUGUCAAAACCAGAUUUUUCGAUUUCUAA